AUGGCGUUCCGUCCAAGGAUUGCCCAACUCUGCCGCUCAGGCACAGCAGGACCUACCUCAAGGACAACACGCUCCUUAACUUGCACUGCAAACCAAGAUUUCCGCACGCGUUGCCGAUAUCGCAGCCAGUCAACAGCAGCCGGCUUAACAGCCCUCCCACGGCAAUCAGCCUUGAACACAUUAUCCAACCGCCGCUAUGCAUCCACAAAGGCCUCAGCUUCCGAAGGCCAAAGCGAACCCGUCCUAGCAGGCGCCCCGGACAUAACCAACUACUACACAAUCUUCGCGCAGACCCUCCCCUCAGGCCCCCCACCAGCCUCCCCCUUCGAGAUCUCCACCAGCGACCUCCGUCGCGAAUUCCUCCAACUUCAAGGACUCGUGCACCCAGACAAAUACCCCAAUGGCGACGAGAAAGCACACGCAGAAGGCCUCUCAGCCCGCAUCAACGAAGCCUACCGUACGCUAAUCGACCCGCUCCAGCGAGCGCAAUACCUCCUCCGUGAACUGCACGGUAUCGACGUGACCGCGGAGGAUGCCGCUACCAAGCAUGCGCUGGACCCGGAGACUCUGAUGGAGGUGAUGGAGGUGCAGGAGACGAUUGAGGAGGUUGGUGCGUCGCCUGAAGGCGAGGCGCAGAUCAAUGCAUUGAAGAAGGAGAAUGAUGGACGUAUUGUGGACUGCGUGCAAGCUCUAGCGGGAUUCUUUGACCGGGGGGAUCUCGAGGCUGCGCGGAAGGAGUGUAUUCGUUUGAGAUUUUGGUAUAGUGUUGGGGAAGGGUUGAGGGAGUGGGAGCCUGGGAAUACUGAGAUUCGGUUGAUGCAUACUAGUUGA